AUGUCACUUAGAGAUCUUAAGAUAAAGACCGGAGUUGUUGUGCGUUUAUCUAAAGAAGAAAAAUCUUAUCAUAAAGAAGUCGAGGACCAAGAAAAACGGAUUGAAAAACUGGCGGCAAAUGGGGCCGACUCGGCAGUUCUUAAUAAAGAGAAAGAGGUAUUGGAAGAAUCACAGCGAAUGAUCCCGGAUGUUCAAAAACGUCUUAAAGGAGCUUAUGAAGAAUUAAGAAAUUUAGUUAAUCAAAAAAAUCCAUCAUGGAUUGGUACUAAAGAAUUGACAGAAGCGGAAAAGACUUUAGAAAAUGUUGGAUCCGAAAUUGGUGCUCAAAACCAAAAAUAA